CUCGGGAUCGACGUUUCUGUGCCUCAGGUGUUACCCUGUGAUCUGCGUGUGCUCCCGAGGCUCUCCGCAGGUGGAACGGGUUCCGCGCCCUUACAGCCAGCGGACUGGCACCCAGAUGAUACAUAGACUUCAUUUGCAAAGCCAUAGGCAUGCAAGGACCCGCAGCCACACUUGAAAAUGACAGAACCCGGGACACAGGACAGCGCAGACCCUGACACUCGCGUCUAGCCUAGCCUCGUGCACUUAAGUUCUCAAGGGACGCGUCCUGGUGAGGACACGCAGUCCCCGCUUCCCUUUGGUCCCCAGCACAGUUUUCGUUCUACUCCGUUGUAGGGACAGGCGGGAACCGGCCUGUCUUUGUUUUCCGCCGGACUUUGGAGCCUGAGCGUGGAGGUGUUGCAGGAAGAGGGCAAAGGGGCGACAGGCACCCUGGACGCCAUGGCCACAUCUGCUAGUGGAGUCCGCGCGGACACGCCUGCUUCCAGGUCUCUGGGGCGGCGGGACCGCGGCGUGUGCUCCUGAUUGGCCCGCGCAGUGUCCUCGGCCGCCAAGCGCCGCCCGCGGACAGAGCAGGGAGUAACGGGACUGUGGUCGCGGGCAGCCCCAGCCACGCACCAUGCCCUAUCUGCUCAUCAGCACUCAGAUCCGUAUGGAGGUGGGCCCCACCAUGGUGGGUGAUGAACACUCAGACCCGGAACUGAUGCAGCACCUGGGAGCCUCCAAGAGAAGUGUCCUGGGAAACAACUUUUACGAAUACUACGUCAACGACCCUCCUCGCAUAGUCCUGGACAAGCUGGAAUGCAGGGGCUUCCGCGUGUUAAGCAUGACGGGGGUGGGCCAGACACUGGUGUGGUGUCUGCACAAGGAGUGACCUGCUGGAGCUGACGGGUGUCCAGGGACUGCCAUGUGCCCUGCCCACGUUCUUGCACCACUGUCUGCCCUGCCUCACUCUUUCCAAAUUGUCAGCUCCCUUGCCCAAGGCUGGUGGGCUGUGAGCAGCCUCGGGAGCCUUGCUCCAGUUGGUUGGGCACAGCGGGCCUUGCCCCGGUGCUUUCAGCUUCCCCCAGCUAGGCCUGACCCAUCCGGCUCUCGCUGUAGGCCACAUGCUGAAGGCAAGCUACCCCGAGGACAGUCCCUGGACCCUACACAGCUAAUCCAAGCCAAUAAAGGGCUCUCACAGUGGUCGUUC